GUCCACUGACGUCGCACGUCACUCUGGAAAUCGAGUGUCAGGUCGUCUGACCCUGUGUGUUACACUGUUGUUAUACUUUGGUGUGAACGUAAACGAAUGGUGGCGACUUAGUGAGAAGAAUAAAGGUUUUCUGGCUUUUAUGAUACAACGACAUAAAAAGGUUAAUGAAAAGGGAGAGCAUAGACCUUAUAUUUCUGUGGAUGUGACCUGAAAGAAUGAGUCAUAAAUUGGCUCCAAAUACCUGGGCGAAAGUGAGCAGAUCAUUUCACUUGUGCCGAACACUUGCUGGCAAGUCAGCAGCAUCACUUCCCUUGUCUGGUACCUCUCACUGCAGGGUUCAUGCACAACAAUCUUAUUGCUACAAGGUUGGCUAUCUCAGCUGGAGGCACCUUCACCAUCUGAGGAACACUGGGCGUAAAGGAUGGGUCUGUAAAGCUACCCAGGCCAGACAGAGGCUUGGACUCCACACCAGCAGCCCGUAUUUGAACACUUCAGCCUCACGGUGGUCAGCUGGUCUGAGCCAACACAUGUCGCGGGUCAGGAAUACACUGGACACAGUUUCCAAAGCUGUGAGCGGGACGCACACAGAACUUCUCUCCAAAAUCAUCAGACUCAAGCCUAAUGCUUUAAAAGGUGGGAAAAAGGCUGAGGCAAGUGUUGAGGCUGUUCCAAAAGCAGAGGAAAGUGUAGUCGCAAAUACUCCUGCUCCCACUGAUGCUGCUCUCCCUUCAACUACACCCAAACCCAUAUGUAAUCCAUCUUCUGUCAGUCCUCCUAUUCCUCCAUCUGCUGCUACAUUUGAUGCGAGUGCCACUACCUCCACUCAUCCACACAGUCCUUCCCAAGCGACUGUCAUUGCCACAGUUGUGACUGUGCGUGAACUUAAGGACAAAAGGCUGAGACGUGUUGUUCCUGCUGUCAAAGCCAGUUCUGCCAAGAAGCAAGAGGAGCUCCAACCUCCACCACCGAGUGACACUGAGAGCAAGAACACAACCUCCAAACAAACCACAGCACUUUUCCAUCCCAGCACCUUUUCAGUCAGCCUGGAUGAGACCUACAACUACCUGGCGAAUCACAUCAACUCAUACUUUGACAGCAAUAAAAAGACUCAGGACAACAAAGUGGACAAUGUUGACAUUUCAUCCACUUCAUCUCAGGGUCCGCAAACUAGUGACCUCAUGCCAGUGUCCGAUAAAACUAUUGCUGCUGCUCCAGUUACCCCACCUCCCACUAAGAAGGGUUUAGGACACUACCUGUCCUACUCAGCUCCCACUGUACAAGCCUUUGUAGGAAGCUACAUUGCUCCUCUGGUCCCAAGGUUUAGGACAGCAGAGUCCAAAAGUGCUACAGUGGAGGUAAAGAAGUCUGAGGAUGCACCAGUCAAACGUGUUGAGGCAACAAUCAGUACGGAGCAGAAGGCUGCGGAGGAGAAAGCCAAGAAACUACUGCUUCAAAGAGAGAAGAUCAUUGCCAGGGUGAGUGUGGACAACCGAACUCGAGGUCUGGUUCAGGCUCUCCACAGGGCAUCAGAUGUGAGGGUCUACAUCAACAGGGUGGAGGACCUCAGCUACCAUCUCCUGGAGUUUCCAGAAACGUGUGGUGUUGCAAUCAAGGAGAAGGUUAUCCCUUGCCUCCUGCGUCUGAAACAGGCCAAUGACCCAGGCCUGAGGGCAGCAAUACGAGAAGCACUUGCUCUGGUGGGCUACCAUAAACCAGUGAAAGGCCGGGGCAUACGGAUCCUGUCCAUAGAUGGAGGAGGGUUAAGGGGACUUGUUGCACUCCAGACGUUACACAAGCUGGAAGCCAUGACCGGGAAACCCAUUUACAAACUGUUUGAUUAUAUCUGUGGCGUCAGCACAGGUGCUAUCUUAGGGUUCAUGCUCGGUGUGUUCCAAAUCCCGCUGAACGAGUGUGAUGAUUUGUACCGCAAGUUGGGUUCAGAUGUCUUUAAGCAGAACGUCAUUGUCGGCACUGUAAAGAUGGGCUGGAGCCAUGCUUUCUAUGACAGCGAAGCCUGGGAGAACAUCCUCAGAGAGAAAAUGGGCUCUCACCUCCUGGUGGAAACUUCAAGAAACCCAGAAUGCCCCAAGGUGGCAGCAGUGAGCACCAUUGUGAACCGGGGCACUCCUCUGAAGGCCUAUGUGUUCAGAAACUACAACCUGCUGCCCGGGGUGCGCUCUCAUUACCUCGGGGGCUGCCAGCACCAGCUGUGGCAGGCCAUCCGCGCCACGUCAGCAGCCCCGGGGUACUUCCAAGAGUUCAGCUUGGGGAAUGAUCUCCACCAGGAUGGAGGUCUGCUGAUUAACAACCCCACAGCACUGGCUAUCCAUGAGUGUAAGUGUUUGUGGCCUAACACGCCCCUGGAGUGUGUGGUCUCGCUCGGUACGGGCCGAUAUGAAACUCCCGGCAAGAACAGCACCACCUGCACGAGCCUUAAAACAAAACUUACCAAUGUCAUCAGCAGCGCCACGGACACUGAGGAGGUUCACGCCAUGCUCGACGCCUUCCUUCCUCCCGGCACUUAUUUCCGCUUCAACCCCUACAUGAGCGAAGAUAUCUCCAUGGACGAGAACCGGCAAGAGAAGCUCAACUUGCUGCAGGCUGAGGGAAUCCGUUAUCUGGAGAGGAAUGAGGAGAAGCUGAAGAAGGCCGCUCACAUCCUCACCCGAGAGAAAAACUCCGUCCAGAGGAUGGCAGAGUGGGCCAGGCUCAGGGCGGACAUGUAUAACGGUUCGUCCUUUAAGCUCUAGAUCCAACUCAAGCCACCUUUACCUCACACGGAAACUCUCCCCGUAUUCUAAACUGCCUAGAGUAUGUCAUGUUACCAUUACUGGUGUGUCAUAGUUGUUGACUCUUUGACCUGUAGCUUUGAAAAAACGUGUAAAAACACAAGUAGGUAAUGUGUCCAACAUGCCAAACACUAACUUCCUUCUCACUCACACUUCACACUUUGUGAGUUUGAGUUAAAAUUUGCAUGAAAAUGCAUCUGGUUAUCAUUGUGGUUGUCGGCACUCAACUCUGUUGCAUUAAAAAUGUGUCAAACGACAUGUGGGUUUGGAAACUGCCUAAAUAGGAUUUAACUUCACAUUGCUAGCAAAUGUAUCUUGUAUAAUUAAAGGAAUAGUUCAACAUUUUUUAAACGAUUUCUUGACAAAUGACAGAUGAGAAGAUCGAUACUGCUUAACUCUGUACAGCAAAUAUAAAGAUGGCUAGCAGUCGUAGCGUUUAUGUUGGCCAGCAUUUGCCGUGUAGCUGUCCAGCAGAUAAAAUUAUCAAUUUGCCAAAAUGUCCGUCAGGAAAUAUGGCAAAUAAAUAAAUACAUCUUUUAAAUGUGGCAAUUGUUAGUUGAUGGUUGUAGACAUACAAAAUUCAGCAUGAGAUCAGCGUGGUCGAGCGAGACAGGCAAUUAACGAAGUGAGUGAGCAACAUUAGGGAGAACAAAGUAGUGAAUCAAAGGAUUAAUACGUUAAUUUCUGAUUUUCAUAACUGUUUCAUAACAGUUACAUUGUAAAGCAGAAAUAAUCUUUGCAUUGCCUGAUUUUGUAUGAACAUAAGCUCCAUCGUGUUCCUUCUCAAAUACUGCUGAUUUGUAUCCUACAGACACAUUGCAGGGUGUGCAGCAGGUUGUCAAAUAUCAACGCUUUUACACACCCUUUGGCACCUGAUGAGGCUAUUAUAUCCCUAUUCAAGACAAAUGUCCCGUUGUUCUAUGGUUGGAAAUCAGGAAUAUUUACACUGAUAAUGGCCGCCAAAAAACAAACAAACCGCCGUCUCCAGACUUUGUGCUAAGCUAACUGGCUGCUGGCUUAAGCUCCAUUUUAACUGCACAGAUACUAGCGUUGUAUCGAUCUAACUUUCAUCAAGGGAGCAAAAAACAACAGAUUUUGUGAAAAUGGUAAAACUAUUCCUUUAAAAAGCAGAAUAUUGUAAAAUUCUACUGUAGCCGGGAUCAGACUGUUUCACAAAGUGAGCAACUUUUAACCACUAUAUCCUCUCAAACCUGUGUUCACACUUUAACAAAAAAAUGUAUAGAUGGGUUAAGUGUUAUUGAAAUGCAGUAUUUGUUAAGCUGCCAAUCAGGAAAAAAUUAUUAUUUUUGUAAAGAGUCUAAUCAAGGUCAUUUUGAGGACUUGAUCCAAGGCCUCGGAUGUGACAACUAAAAUUUGCACCUUUAACGAUGCAGCUAUUGGUCAACAGUGUAAUGAUUACUUCUAAUAGUAACAGUGGUAGGUGAGGACGAAUAAGCAUUACAGUAUUGCAAAGUUGUAUGUAAAUGCAUGUUAUAUUUAAGAUUUUACGCACAAAUAUAAGUACAUAUUGAGUAAAAUAACUCUAUAUUGCAAAGAUUUUGAAACUAAAAUACCUAUGAUGAUUAAUAUGAUGAUUAAAUUUGAACAGAAGAUAUUAAAGCAUUCAAAUGGAGGCACACUGUCAUAAGGAUGUAACUUUUAUGUGUUAUUUUAGCCUCAGAGUAUUUUAAGUUCACUUGUUUCAAACGCUUUUAUCAUCGUGUGCUUGAUUGUUUGGUUUUAUGGAUUCCCCACAGGCUAUACACAUUUUCUGCUCUGUCUUCAGUGUGCCCUCUUUCCCUUUGAUGCCUCUUUCACCCUUUCUACCUUGAAGUGCUCUGUGUUAGCCCCCACUCUGCUUUUCUGUAACGUUUGUUAAAAUCAUGCAGGUCAGAGCUGAGGGACUGGUUUAAAACAGAUUGCUGUCUAUUGAUUUGUCAUGGCUCAAAGGGACAGUUCACCCCAAAAAAAAAAAAAAAUCUUUUUCUCUUACCUGUCGUGCUAUCUAUCAGUCUAGACUGUUUUGAUGUGAGUUGUCGAGUGUCUGAGAUAUUGCCUGUAGAGAUGUCUGCCUUCUCUUGAAUAUAAUGGAACUAGAUGGUACUCAGCUUGUGGUACUCAAAGUGCCAAAAGAAUACUUUUGAAAGACUCAAAGGCAAUGCCUCUUUCCAAAAAUCAUGAUCCAGUUACUCAAGAUCACCCACAGACCUUGUUGUGAGCAGUUUCAUGUAGGAACUAUUUUCUUCUAGUAAAGUUCCUACGUGAAACUGCUGUGAGUAAAAUUAGUCAUAAUUACUGGUAAAAAAACAUUGCUUUUGAGUUUUUCAAAUGUAUUUUUUGGUGCAAAGUGCCAUAUAGUCUCAUCAUUUUCGAGAGAAAGCAGACAUCUUUGAGGCAAAUAUCUCCAACACUAGACAGCCAAAACUAUCUGGAUUUAUAAAUGGCACUGCAGGUAAGAGACACAACAUUUAUUUAUGAUUUGGAGAUACACUGUACCUUUUUAAAAUGAUCUUAAUGACAUGUACAGCUUAAUAGUACACUGCAGACAUUCAUGCCUAACCGGGUCAAGUACUGUAUAACCGAUACAGCAAUGUGUCGGUCACUCCCAGAGGACCUGAGGUAAAGUGCACCCAGAUUUCACCCAGAUUAAUAUAAUUCCACUGUUCCUCUGUUGAUCCCGUGUAAAGACUGUUUGAGAGUCUGUGUAAUUAAAACCCAUCACUGAA